AGAAAAACAUGGAGAUAAUUUUAUAGCAUCAAUAUUUAGGCAAUCGCGUUUUGUAUUUUGUCAUCUUGGUGCUGUUUAUUUAUAAUCACAAUGAAGGUGCCAGGAACAAUUGGAUACCCUAUAAUUGGUGACAAAUCAAGGGAAUUUUUAAGCGAUCCAACCAAGUUUAUUACAUCCCGAAUAAAUGAACAUUCUUCCCGAAUUUUUCAAUGUAGGAUACUCAACAACCCAACAAUAUUUGUAUGUUCUCCUCAGGCUGUAAAAACGCUGCUCAGUGAAGAAAUGGCCAAUGAUAUUGAGCAUGGCUAUAAAAGUAUAUUGCAUCGCUUGUAUGGUGAUAACAUUGUAUUUGAAAAUGAUGUGACAGCCAAUGAAUUACACAACUGCCUCAAGAACUGCUUCCAAAAUAUGGAGCUUUAUAAAGAAACAGUGAAUAGGUUAUGUGAACCUCUGCUCUCAUCCUUGCAUUUAAGAACUGAACCAGUGUACAUCUACCCUGAGUUUAAGAGGGUAAUGACUCGAAUGUGCCUGGAAUUAUUCCUGGGCAUCAAAACGGAAUCCUGUUUGGACCAAACUGAAGAAAUAACUCAUCUUGCUACACAGCAUUGGCAUGGAAUUAUUUCUGUUCCUGUGUCCUUGAAAAUUCCCUUAGCGGGUGAGUCAACCUAUAGUUUGGCUGUUCAAGCAAAAGAGAAACUACUUUCUAUAAUUCGAUCAAUUUUGUUGGGUCAAAAUGGACAAGGUGACGCUAGUGUUGCAGCAAAACUCAGACACGCCGAUUUUUCAAACAGCAAGUCCCUCGAGCAACAUUUACUUCUCUUUGUAUCCGCUGUAAUACCGAAAGCGUUUGCUUCUCUCAUCACAUCAUUCAUUAUCGUUAUGGCAGGCGACGACAAGGAGGCCUUACGGGCACGGGCGCGCACCGAUUCUAAAUUUCUCGAUCGCGUUCUCUUAGAAGUGGAGCGAAUGUGGCCGCCUCUGUUUGCUGGUCGUCGUCUGGUGCGGCGAACCACCACUUUGGAAAGUUAUGAUUUACCGAAAGAUUACGCGAUCAUGUAUGUCACUCAUGCCGCUCAUCGAGAUCCCGAGGUAUUUCCGGAGCCGAAUUCCUUUAAUCCCGACCGAUGGAUCACAUGUAACGCUGGUCAAGAGGACUUAGUACUUUGCUUUGGCUCGGGGCCGCGAUGUUGUGUUGGAACUGACCUAAUUCGCCGUAUUCUACGUGACGUAGCGAGCCGUCUCCUGCAGAACUACGAAUGGUCCUUGGCCCCACCGAAUCAAGAUACGUCAUAUAAGUACCUGCCUGUCGCUCGACCUGCGGUUCAACCAAGUAUCGCAUUCUCUUCAUACCUCACCAAUGAUGAGCCUUUUUUCGACGCUUGCGGCUGACAGAAGCACUUCAAAACUCGUCCAUAUUACCUACUAAGCAAUAUCUUCAAUCGCCGUCUUAUGUUUUGCACAUGCUAUGAAACUAGGUCGCAGGUAAUUGGUCCUCAAUUAAGUUGCCAGUUUCCUAAUUAUUUGUGCGUUAAAAACACUGUAGAAUUUAUUUCUUCACGUAGUUCUUGCUCUUAGAUUACGUAUCGCCCUCCGCUGUAAUUAUUGCAUCAUGAGUAGCGUUGUGUAAUGUUUUGGGUUUGUUCUCGCGGCACAAGGUACGGAUGACCACGCUAUGACCCAAUCAAAGUGAUAAAGACGCACCGAUAUAAACGGAACCGCAGCUUAUCCUUAGGCGGCUAUUCGACGUAAAUCGGAUCGCUUGACAAAAUGCCAAAAAGACUUACGCUAAUCGCGGGGCAUCAGGUUUUUUCACAUUUUCGGGGAAGUCAUUUUUACAGCCAGACACCAGCAAGCAGUCAUGCCCCCAAAAAUCUCGAAGUAAACCAAAAUAGUUUCUGCGUAUUGACUACCAAAACAUUUUUUGUUUAUGGUGCUUUUGCUCCAUCAGGCGUCUCUAAAGUAAUUCUUAAACUAUGACCAAUUUUCGCGUAAAAAAGAAUACAAAAUUUAAUCACCAC